UUGUCACUUUGUACUUGUACUGUAAACACAAAGUCUUAGGAAUUAGGACACUUUAGGAGGAUAGGCGUACCUAGUUAGUCUGGUUUAGUUUCUUCGAAAGACGUACAAUCUUACGCUCAAACGGUUGUAAUUAUUGUGAAUCUAGUUGAGGUUCAGCUGUCAACAAGAUGACUCUCAAAUUUUGUGCCAAUCUAUCAUUCAUGUACCACGAGUCCGCUUCUCUUCUAGAACGUUACCAUCUAGCAAAGCAGAGUGGCUUUCGAGCAGUGGAGUGCGCUUUCCCAUACUCAUUUCCAGUGGAAGAAGUCAAGCGAGCAAAAGAAAGUGCACAAGUGGAACAGGUUCUUCUAAAUGUCAAUCCUGGAGAUUUGGAGAAGGGAGAACUUGGUUUUGCAGCUCUUCCUGGUCAACAAGACAGGUUCAGAAGCAGUCUUGACCAAGCAAUCUUGUACAGCAAAGCCUUGGAUUGCAAACUUAUUCACAUCAUGGCAGGCAAAGUGACUAGUCCGUCCGAGGAAAACAUCAGAGUAUACGAGGAAAAUCUGAUCUACGCAUCCUCAUUACUGAAGGAAAACAAUAUAGUCGGUGUGAUAGAACCAAUCAACAGCAUUUCAAUACCAGGUUACUACCUGAAUAGUUAUCGAAAGGCACUUCAAAUCGUGAAAAACAUUAACAGUCCAAAUAUCAAACUCCUUGCUGACCUUUUUCAUUGGCAGAUGAUGAAAGUAAACUUGGUAGAUAGCUUUAGAGAAUCGGUUGAUUACAUAGGACAUGUUCAAAUAGCCCAAGCUCCUCAUCGAAACGAGCCAGACACUGAAGGGGAAAUUGACUUCAAAGCGAUCUUUUCGUUCUUGGAAUCCCAGAAGUACAACGGCUGGAUUGGGUUGGAAUACAAACCCCUCACAAAUACACAGUUUGGCCUCAAGUGGAUUGUGGGGAUGGGAUACAGUUUAUAAAACUGUUGUUAAAUGUGGGUAACAGGGUAUGUUUUUGAGCGUGAAGCUCUCUGAAUCGGAUUAGUACAAACAACAGCUUUCUAUUUAGAUUCUUCUCUUUUAAGGAUCAGACUAUGGAUUAUUUUGGUCUUCAACUGUAAAAUACCCUUAAAGGUAACUAACAGUAAAGUGACUGUGAACUUAACUGGAGCAAAGUAAACUUGGCCGUCUGCAUCAAACGGAACAAAAUAAGAGUGAGUGUACUGUAAUAAAAUAAUCUACAUUACAUAUUUAAGCUCACUAUUAGCUAUUCUGUAGUAUCAUGAUCUUACACUAGAACUCAAAUUAUCCCAAUCAAUUGGGAUUAUACCAAAUUCGGAUAGUUUCACAAAGUUCAGUUAGUUGGAUUUUUAACAAAAAUUUGGGGAAUUUUACAAAAAAAGAGGUAACAGUAGACCUCCAAUCAUCUGAAUCAUUUGGGAUUGGGACUGUACCACAUUCGGAUAUGAAAUAAUUCUGAUAAUUGGGUUUUCCCGGAAAUUUUCUUACUGUACUAGUACUAGUACAUCAAUUCUGUUCCAAGUCUGCAAGGAUUUGAUACAAAUGAGCUAUCUAAAUAGGUGAUAAGAGAACCAGUCUUCCAUUAGUUCUUAUAUAAUCUGUAAAUAUGUGUAUUCCGCAGUACUGUUAAGUGAAAGGUAUUUAAUGUUAAUGUUGUUACUAUUACUAUCAAUAUUUAUACAAAUGUUAUCACUGUAAUAUACAAAUAUAUAUUUUUACAAAAAUUA